GUUCUCUUCUCCAGUAGUUUUUUUCAUGGCACUAAUUCCCAUUUGCUUCGAGAAGUCUUUCUGCUGAUUCUUGCUGGGGCACCUGCAGAAGAAGAGCUGGGAACCUUCGUCUUUCUCGUUGUGUUUUUGCUCUCGGGAGCUUGCGGCUGCUGGCUCAGCUGGCUAACUUUGCGUCACCAACUCCGACACAGUGCCGAUUUCGCGUCCAUGCCCGUGGAACAUGUGGACGCUGUGGCAAACCUCUCUAACAGCCGGGGUUCCAGCGCAUGUGUCUAUGGCGCAGCUGUGCUGGGGAUUCUGGUGGCCGGACACCAAAGUUUGGCAGCUUCAUUCAGACUUUCUUCGCCCCAAGCCAAAGCCAUGCUUGUGGGAGCACGUUUGGCGCCAGAGUUUGUGUCGCCUGUGAGUACACGCCUCCGGAAGCACCUGCCUUUCUAUGUGAGCGCGUGCACGGCGUUAGUGUAUUUAGCUGCCUGUGCACCGGCAGACCUAACUGUUUCCAAUGCCAUUCUAGUUUGGUUUGCGUUUCACUGUUUCUUCCGCACGUUUCCCAACAUCUUAGCCCUGGAUGUGCGAGAGUACGCAGCCACUGAUUUUGCUGGGCACAUCUAUGGCGCGCUUUUCGCGGCCAUGUGUGGAACUUGCCAUUUGAUCCUUCAAUCACAAGCUCUGCCAGCGCUGCAGUCCUGGCUGGCGCUAUUGGUUCUUCUUGUAGCGACCCUCCCGUAG